CAGAUUCUCGUCUCACCGAGGUUUCUGUUUGAACAUUCGAGAGCACGAACUCACUCGUUACUUGUAGAUCUUGUUUAGGGUUUACCUCUUCUCCGUCUCCCUUCCGUCUCCGUUAAUAGAAUGGCGAUCUCAUCGCAAACUCUCGAUAUUCAAGGAGACCGACAGUCCGGCCAGGAUGUCCGCACUCAAAAUGAUGCUUGUCGAUGAUAUUGGUGACGUGACAAUCACCAACGAUGGUGCAACAGUUCUUAAGAUGUUGGAAGUUGAGCAUCCGGCUGCUAAGGUACUUGUGGAGUUGGCUGAGCUUCAAGACCGAGAAGUUGGAGAUGGUACAACUUCUGUGGUCAUUGUAGCGGCUGAAUUGCUUAAGAGAGCUAAUGAUUUGGUGAGGAACAAGAUUCACCCAACAUCAAUAAUCAGUGGAUACAGACUUGCCAUGAGGGAAGCAUGCAAAUACAUAGAGGAAAAACUGGCAGUGAAGGUGGAAAAGCUUGGAAAAGAUUCUCUAAUAAACUGUGCCAAGACAAGUAUGUCCUCAAAGUUGAUUGCUGGCGACAGUGACUUCUUUGCGAAUCUGGUUGUUGAUGCAGUACAAGCAGUGAAGAUGACCAAUGCACGUGGGGAAGUCAAAUACCCGAUCAAGGGAAUUAAUAUUUUGAAGGCUCAUGGAAAAAGUGCUAGAGAUAGUUAUUUGUUGAAUGGAUAUGCUUUAAAUACUGGUCGUGCUGCCCAAGGAAUGCCUAUGAGAGUUGCCCCUGCAAAGAUUGCAUGUCUUGACUUUAAUCUUCAGAGGACAAAAAUGCAAUUGGGUGUUCAAGUCUUAGUCUCAGAUCCCAGGGAGCUCGAGAAAAUUCACCAAAGAGAAUUUGAUAUGACAAAAGAACGUAUAGAAAAACUAUUGAUGGCUGGAGCUAAUGUUGUUCUCACAACAAAAGGAAUUGAUGACAUGGCUCUCAAGUACUUUGUCGAGGCUGGGGCUAUUGCUGUGAGACGUGUUCGUAAGGAGGAUAUGCGUCAUGUUGCCAAAGCGACUGGUGCGACCAUGGUCUCGACAUUUGCUGACAUGGAAGGAGACGAAACAUUUGAUUCAUCACUUCUUGGAUAUGCUGAUGAGGUCGUGGAGGAACGCAUUGCUGACGAUGACGUGAUAAUGAUUAAAGGGACAAAAACAACUAGUGCAGUAUCUCUGAUUCUUAGAGGUGCAAAUGACUUUAUGCUUGAUGAGAUGGACAGAGCACUCCAUGAUGCUUUAUCAAUUGUCAAGAGGACCCUUGAAUCUAAUAUGGUAGUAGCUGGUGGGGGUGCAGUUGAGGCCGCUCUGUCUGUGUUCUUGGAAUACUUGGCUACAACUCUAGGAUCCCGAGAGCAGUUGGCAAUUGCAGAGUUUGCAGAGUCUUUGUUGAUAAUUCCCAAGGUACUUGCUGUCAAUGCUGCUAAAGAUUCCACUGAGUUGGUUGCAAAACUACGGUCUUAUCAUCACCAUGCGCAAACGAAUGCUGAUAAAAGGCACUUUUCAAGUAUGGGACUUGACCUCUCAAAAGGAAUUGUUCGUAAGAAUUUAGAAGCUGGAGUUAUUGAGCCUGCCAUGAGCAAAGUGAAAAUAAUACAGUUUGCCACAGAAGCAGCCAUAACAAUUCUUCGAAUUGAUGAUAUGAUCAGGCUUGUCAAAGAUGAAAGUCAGAAUGAAGACUAAUGUGGUUGGCUAAUGUGAUAAGUACCGCUUGUUUUGUUGGGUUUUCCCCUUCCUCGCAUGGUUAUGUUCCGGGAAAGUGUUGCCAUUGUUGUAGCAUUGCAGGGGUUGCCUAGUUUUCUCUGCCUCUUGCAGUGCUCUUCAACAAUGGAGACUGAUUGUAGACUGGUUGGUUUGAAGCUUUUUGUGGACUGAUUGUAUAACUAGUAUAUCCCUGUAGGUUUUUUGAUAUGUUUAGGGAUGUUUGGAGCUGAAUGGCUGAGGUCAAUUGGGGAACAGGAGUCUGGAAUUGUGGUAGCUUUUUGGGCAUACCAGGUAGUGCUAGAUACUAGGAAGGAUUAAGAAAGUGACUCUGCAACAAAGGCCUGACUGAAUUAUUGAGGUUAUUUUUGCAUAUUGCGUCAUCCUUAACC